AUGGUCAAGGAAUCGCUCGAGAACACCGCCGCCGCCCAUGUUUUCGAUCGGAUUUUUCAAGAAAACGUUGACGAACACCUGAAGGCCCCGUCGACUUUUAUCGCGAAGUGUCGGGAGCGUUUUUCGGAGGUGAUUGAGACCUGUCCUCCACAUUCCCCGUCGACACCAAAGGAGCAAGUUGUUCGGCUCCGUUGCAUGAUCCAAGACGAGCUCGGCCCCGAGUAUUUCCCGAUUGGAGCCAAGAUCAAUGGCGAAGGAGUCGAGAGUUAUCACAGCGGCUUUUUGAGGGACUCUUGGAUGACAUUUGAAAAAACGGUGGAAAUUUGCGGAAAAACAUUGGCUCGUCAGCGCUAUGUGAUGGUGCCCGUACCUGGAGCGACUGAAUGGUGGGAAAACGAGUGGAUGGGAUCGGAAGAGCUUUACUCAGCUGCUCGGGGUCCACCGUCAAAGAGAAUCGAGAAGUUUUUGGCCAAGUUUGUGGUCGAUGAGGAGUUCAAGCCGAACACGAUUUUGGAGCUCUACGGGGUUUUUGUCGAUCCAGUGAAGGAUGAGGAGGGGAUCGAAGAGGAAUGCCACAAGGAAACGAUUCCUUGUUUCCAUGUGAUCACGCACAAGCAACCGGAAGUCGAUCAUCAGGAACCGAAAGAAAUUACAAUCAAAAAGCUGAACGAAGCUCUCACAACCUCACUUGGUGAUCCGAAUGCGGCCAACUUCUUGCUGAUGAAUUUGAUUUCUACCACGUAUUCCCGUCCGGCGGCCAGCUUGCCCAUUUGCUCGUUCCCGUUGAAUCUUUGUGGACUCGAAAAUAGCAAGAGGAUCGUCGAAAUCAUUACACAACUUUUGCCUAAGGUCCUACACGUAAAGUUAACACCGGAGCUCAUCUCGGAGACUCCAUUCGCGCCGAUCAAAAACUACGAGACCGAAACACUGCGACAGGGAUUACUUCAAGUGGCACCAGGCACUACGGUGAUUUUCGAUGAGACCUCGCUUCCAGAAGGCAAUUUCCAGGUUACAAAUUACGCGCCUGCCAAUUGUUCAACGAUGGAGCAUGUUCUUCUCACACAACAAAUUCGAUACGACUUCGGAUAUUACCAGCUGCCAUUCGAUGUUGAUACGCCAAUCAUUGUCAUCAGCAAAGGAAUUAGCCGAUUUAUUAAGACUCCAUGGCGAGUGGCGCUGCCUCCAGGGAUCACCGGUUUACCCUCGACAUCCGACGAACUCAUCGACUUUCGCCAAACGAUCCAAACCCUGAAGACAAAGCUCAAAGACAUAUCGAUCAACAUGGAUGAGGCAAAGGGAGUUCAAGAGGCUUUUGUCGAAUUGGCCAAGACGCUCGACCCGAAAAAAGAAGACAAAUCGCAAACUUUUCAUCAGAUGCUCAUUCUUUGCAGAUUGAUUUCUGCCCUUCAUGGAAAACCGUCCGUCGACUUGGAGAGUUGGAGAGAAGCGCGAAAAUUUGAAAAGGAACGCCUCGAGACUCUAAACGAAUGGGCAAAAUCCGUCAAUCUCAUCGUC